GAUUUACAAGGUAGGCAUGCAUUUAAAAGCAUCAUAAAUGUCGGAAAUCAAAUACUUGUGGGAAUAUUGUAUGAUUUGUUCUUAACAUAAUUAUGUUGGUAGUUGCGUUGAAGGAAACGUAUCGCAAUUUUACCAAGUGUACUUGAAGGCAUCUCAAGGGGCGGGAACUCUUGGCAAGUGACCACCAGUUCUUUUCUUCAAUGCAGAAGAGGCGUGUAGAGUGCAAGAUUACCGGUGAAUUGUUAUGGAAUAAAUGAAUAGUCGUACGUGAACUACAGCUCAGCGGUUUGUUUACCGUGUUUUGUUCACAAUCCUUGGGCCGGAGUUGCGGCGUCAUGUCGACCGGCUGGUGGAGUAGCGAUGUGGUAACCCAUGGCCUCAUGGCGCUGUUCGCCAUGGGCUCGUGGAUUUCCGUCAACAGUUUGUGGGUCGAGCUCCCAAUCGUCGUCAACGUGCUGCCUGAAGGUUGGAACUUACCGGCCUACCUGUCAGUGCUGAUAGCAUUCGGCAACAUCGGCCCUGUUGCGGUGACCGUGACGCACCACUGCGCGCCAGGCCGAUUGAACGAACGCUUGCUUAUCCACUGCAUCCAGGUGCUGGCAGUGGUGGCGUCAGCGCUGCUGGCCAUCUUCUGGAAAGACUCUAUGGUGGUGGCAGGGGAGCUGCGCUCGGUGCCCUUCCUGCUAAUCACCUUUGUAUUGUCACUGGUGUGCUGCACAUCCAACGUCACCUUCCUGCCCUUUAUGUUCCGCUACCCUCCACAGUACAUUCGCACCUUUUUCGUCGGCCAGGGCUUGAGCGCGCUGUUACCGUGUGUGGUGGCGCUGGGGCAAGGCGUGGGUCAGCUAGAGUGCCCCAUCGUCAAUGGCACCGUGCAGCCGACCCACCUCGAGGAGAACUUCCCUGCGCAAAACUUCUUCUGGUUCUUGUUUGUCAUGCUGUUCAUAUCCGCUCUGAGCUUCCUGGCUUUGACACGGAGGCCGACAGCCUCCAAAGACGCGCCAGCCGACGACACACAAGGUUCCUACACAAAUAUAAGAACCGACAAUGUAACUGUUAAGAGUGGCGACGAGACGCAUCCACUCAGCAACGGCAGUUCACCGUCGCCCCAAGAGGAGGUGCACCUUGAUGAGGCGCCGUCGCCAGCCAUGCAGACUUUUUGGACGCUACACAAUGUCUACCUCUUGGCCCUGCUCGCCGUCUCUAAUGCGCUCACCAACGGCGUCCUGCCAUCCGUCCAGAGCUUUACCUGUUUACCCUACGGCAACAUGGCCUUCCACCUCUCAGUGGUCCUCGGCAACAUCGCCAACCCUCUGGCUUGCUUCCUCGCCAUGUUUGUGAUCCUGAGGUCCUCUGCACGUCUGGGUAUCUUGUCAUUGGCUGGCGGGGCCUUCGCUGUGUACCUGAUGGUCCUGGCUGCCCACAGCCCGUGUCCUCCUUUGCAGGGGAAGACUGCUGGUGUGGUCUUAGUGGUGUCCUCCUGGAUUAUGUUUACGGGUCUCUUCUCCUACCUGAAAGUAGUGAUUGGUACUCUGCUGCACGAGGUGGGCCACGCCGGCCUUCUGUGGUGCGGCAUUUCCAUUCAGGUGGGCUCAUUGGUGGGCGCCCUUACCAUGUUCCCGCUGGUCAACGUCUAUCAUGUAUUUAAGCAGGCGCAGGAGUGUGUUGACUGCCCAUAAAGCCAGAAAAGAACAUUGUCACGUUGUAUUAUUUUUCAAUGUACACACGUCCUACGGCGGUGUCAGAUAGUUCUGAAGCUUAAGUAGGUCCAAACCGGUUAAUAAUAGUGGGAGUGUUGUGUUGCCACAUGCUGGCCGAGGGGCUGUUUCGUGCACUGAAAACACGAGAUUUGAACCUGUGCGGUUGUUUACAUUUUGAACUUGUGAUUCUAUUGCCUUAGGGACACAACCCCCCCACACCUCUUCGAUUAACCCCUUAAAUCUGCACUUUUUCCUUGAAUACAGGUAGUCCCUGGGUUUCGACGUAGUCGAGUUACGCGAUUUUAACUUUAUGACGCCGGCAUCUCGUCUGCCAUUUUGUCUCCAGUUGUGUUUUUUUUUUUUAAGUCUCAUAAACAGUACCUUAUUGUGCCUCACAGUAUUUUUUUUUUUACUUUACUUUGUUAAUAUGACGUCUUCUGGCUUCACUAAACGUGAAGUUGUUCAGCUUUACAGACUGCAAGCAGUUGUGCUUUUUGAAGCUUUUUAUUUAACUUUUGACAAUUUAAAGCUGUGACACAGAUAUGUACACUUAUGUUCAAAAUGACACGCUUUUUAACAAUAAAACACAACACAAAACAAUUGGUGUUCAAACGUCUAUCUAGUCUGAUCAAUAAAUACAUUUAGUGGAUUAAAUUAGUAUAAUUUGCCUAACAAAAGUCCUCGAGCUUAAAUGCUACAAAUGCUAACGUAUUUACAGUUCUCAUCGCAAAUCGCUCACACAUAGCUCCACAAACUAGCUCUAAACUUAAUUACAAAUGCAUGCACACACAUAUUAGCUGAAACAACUUGCAGCCUUAUAUGGGCCAUGCCAGAGCGCAGCUAUCCUUUAUCCAUGUCAGACAACUGAGUCAGCACCUCAGUCAUACAAAGCGACAGUCCAGCUGCCAAUGCUGCCACUAGGGGCAGUGUAUCCUCCAUCAUUAAACAAAAUACAAUACUUUUGACUUUUUGGAUCGUUAUUUUGAGAUUUAUCAGUACUCAAAGGGUUAAUUCCGACUUACCCGGAAAUUUGGGUUACGUCGCCAGCAUAGGGACGGAACUCGUGCGUAACCAGAGGACUACCUGUAUUACAUAAUCCUGCUGUACGAAUUCCCUCCAUCUUGUUUGAAAGAACUGUUGCUGUUUUGCUUGUUGUGUCGUGCCUCUACUUUAUUCUUCUUGUGCUAUCACAACAAUUGCAGCUGUACUACAGAACACACAAUAAAAAACUAAAGCACUCUGAGAGUGCAAACCUCCGCCUAAGCAGACAAAUUCAAUUGGGCCCUGUUAUCUUUGACCUCAUGACCCCAAAAUUUAAUCACCUCUUCCUUUUCAUAUUACAAAAAUAUCCUGUAAGUAUGAUAAUCUGUUAAUUCGUUUUUGAGUUAUUUUCAACAAAAACAUGCAGAACCGAAUAGAUAACGUCCGUAGGGUCCACCUACAAAUCUUCCUGUCCAUUCCUACAUUAUUUUUGAUGCUUUAAGUAGUUAUAACCUACAGUGGCUCAAAGAUGUCUCGAUCACAGUGUGCCUUACGUUACUUAUGUUUGCCAACAAGCUAAGUUUAAAAGUAAACAGGCAACAAUAGAGUUGUUUGCAAGUAACAUACACUAAUACAACAAGAAUGGUUCAAUCUUCAAAUCGAUUUGGAUCUGAUUUGCUCUUUCUGAAACGUAAACUGGAAUAGUCAUUUGGCGAAACAUCCCAGUUGACACAAACACUGCUGGUUUCAGCACAAGCAAACAAAUCAUGAUUUCCCCAGUUUUUUUUUUUUUUUUAAAUCGCAAUAAAAACCCAAACCAACUUGGAGGCUUUGUAGAAUGUUGCCAACUUGAAGGGCCAACUUGUGACAUUUUUUAAAUCAUGUUUAUGUUGUUACCUUUUUCAUACAUUGGCCUCGUUUGCCUUUUAAUGUCUGUAACGUCACAUGGCUGACGUGUCCGUUUUAUUGCUCUUUGGUUGUCACACACAAUGGUCAUAAGACCAUAUGGUAAAUUGUCAAAACAUUUUGCCACCAAUGUGACAACAUGUACAUCUUAAUUCCAAAAAAAAAAGUAAUCCUACUGAUGAAGUACAUUUAUUAAUAGCACACUUGCCAGCAUUUACUGUAAAGUGCCUGUGAUUAACUGCAAAUAAAGAUUUUUUGGGACAUUCCUUGCUUUCUUGUAGAUAUCUGCAGGCUUUGUUCUAACACAGACUGUCUUUUUGUCUAAGGUCCUAUCCAAGUAAUUUAACUUAUUUUAGCAAGUGUGUAUUUUGAGAGAAAAUAAAAGUAAUGGUUGC